AAAUGAAACAAUGGUUGGAUUCAAAUGAGAGCGUUGAAAACGGAAUCUCAUAUAUCUGUGGAAUGGGCAUCAAAAGCAUAGAGGUCUACUCGGUAUCGCCGUGUGCCGGCGAGCAAAAGCUCCCGCUUGUAUAUUUCGACAUCAUAUGGCUUCUCCGGCGACCCACCGAGACCAUCUACUUCCACGCCCUCCGCUGCUCCCAAUCUCAUUUCCUGGAAACGAUCGUCCCGAAUCUCAAACACUCCCUCUCCGAAGCUCUCCAACACUUCCUCCCGCUCGCAUCCAACAUCAUCUUCCCCCUCACCUCUACGGAAAUGCCCGUCUCACAUUACUCCUCCGAUUCGCUCCCCUUCACGAUCGCUAUAUCCGACGCCGACUUCGAUUCCCUCACCGCCAAUCAUUCCAAAGAUGCGCAUCAAUUCCACCAGUUCGCUCCCCAGAUGCCGCCGCCUGUUUACUCCUCCGCCCACAUCAAAUUCAAGCCCCUCGCCAUUCAGGUGAGCCUGUUUGAGAAGAAGGGAAUAUGCAUUGGGUUGACACACCAUCACGCCAUUUGCGACGCUGUUGGUCUCUUCGCCUUCCUACGCACAUGGGCGUCCAUCCACAAAUCCGGAGAUCCCGUCCUAGAUUCUCUCCCUUUCUACGACCGAGAUUCCGUUCAAGAUUCCGACAAACUAACCAAAUUCUCUUGGAAUUCCAUCAGAACCAACACCCCCACCACUUUUCAUCCAUCAGCAACGCAUAAAGUCCGGGCAACAUUCAUCCUAACCGUUGAACAAAUCAACAAACUCAAGUGUCUAUCAACAUCUCCCAUCUCCACUUUCGUCGCCACCUGCGCCCAUCUCUGGACCUGCCUAGCCAGGUCCGAGACUGAGGCUGUCGACGACGAUGAGCCCGAGUACCUGACUUCUCCGAUGGACUGUCGGCGGCGGCUGAAUCCCCCGCUGCCAGACAAUUACUUCGGCAACUGUUUAAUAUUCCUGCAGGCGAAAUCGAGCCACAGGAGGCUGAGAGGGGAGGAGGGGUUUGUGGCUGCAGCGGAAGCAGUGGCGGCGGCGGUGCGUGAGGCUGCGGGCGGGGGAGGGGUGUUGGAGGGGUUUGAGGCGAAAUUCGAUAGCUAUUUGGAGUUGAAGGGGAAGCGCGUGACGACAGUGGCGGGAUCGUCGAGGAUUGAUCGUUAUGGCGGGGUGGACUAUGGAUGGGGGAAGGCGAUCAAGUAUGAAUGUAUUCAUACGGAUUUUGAUGGCUCGGUGACUCUUUGUAUGGGGAGAAAUGGAGGGAUUGAGAUGGGAUUGUCUUUGACCACCUCUAAAAUGGAUGCUUUUGCGGCCGUCUUUGAUACUAACUUAUUGUAAUUUCAUUGAGCUUCCAUAACUUUUGGUUGGUUUUGAUUGUGGGAUUCUAAUCUAUAUUUAAGGAUUCUUGAUGAAAUUGGUUU